UAAGUGUAUGAUUUUACACUUCUCCAAUUUGUUAACCAAAUUAAAUUUAAUAAGGGUAAUUUCUUCAGUUUGAGGUUCUGCCUCCUAAUCCUUGCCCACUCUUUCCGCCUCUCCCCAGGAAUGCACUUAACCCCUUCCCCCAAAUCAUAAAUGAAUACAUUUUCUAUCAUUUUAAGAAGACUUUUCUAAAUGGAAUGCUGAAUGCAUGAACACAUCUUGUUAAUUCCUGCGCAAUGUCGUUUAUUCUAAUUUAAAUAUAUCGUUAACAAAAAAACGAUCUAACGGGGACCCAAAAUUUGGGAAGUGGGCGUGUCUGGCUAUGGCCAAAGAUAAGUUUACCAGUCAAAUUUAUCAGAUAAAUUGUUAGUAGUCAAACUCAUGGGGUGGGGAUCUCUGAGGUAAAGCAUACUUCAUGUCCAUGGAGUAUUAUAGUUAGUUUUUAAGACUUUACUGAAAGGUGCUGUUUUGCAUAUUAUAAAAAUCAAUGCUUGAUUUCACAUACACAAUUUAUGUUUUUAGAGAAACAGUUGGAGAAUGCCUCUCUUACAUAUUUCUCUACCUGUGUAUAGAAUUCCUGCUUUGUGCUUUUACAGAUACUCUUGUGCAACUGAAUUCAUUUCACUGUUUGAAAGAUAUGUUUAUGACUUAUCAUAAUUUCAUUUUGUCAACCUCUGUACCACACUGUACCUUUUUAAAUAAUUCCUUUCCCUUCUUAGUCCUUUUGUUGAGACAGGUUCAUAAGUCUUAACAUGCCUCUGUUGUUCCUCAUCACUUUCUGCUGCUCUGUAUUGCAUAAAUUUUGUACAUAAAUGACUGAAUUAUACCACAGUCGGGGAUAAUUAAACUGCUCCAUGAUGUGAUAUGCCUGUAUUUUAAGGCACAUAGGAACUGCAUAGUAGUUUUGAGGGGUUGUUUUUGGUUGUUUUUUUUUUUUGAUAAAUGUAUAACAAACUAAGGCUUGAUAUUUCCUUUACGAUCUCUAAGUCUUUUAUAGUAUUACGCUCCUGUCUAGACUUCUCUGUUCUAAUAGGUUAUUAAUUUAAUUUGGAAAACCCUUCUCUUCAGAUAGGUUGUCUUGAAGUAAUGUAAUUUAAUUUAAUUUUUGUGUUGAUAAACUAAAAUUUGUCCUUGUUGGUAUUUGCAGGAGAAAAAAUGACAAAGUGAGCUAGAGGAAUAAGGAAUAUUAUAUGUCGUGAAUAAUAUUUUUUCAAAGUUAAAUUUGGGAAGUGUUAAAAAGAUUCUGAAUUAAUGGUAGAUGCUUCAACAAGAUAUUGUGAAUUUUCAAUUAGUAUAUUUAACUAAAGUCUCAGAAUGGAGCCAAAUGGUGUUUUUGUCACAGGAAGGCAGGUUGUAUGUUGACCUCAUUCAUCACCAUUCAAACCUGUUAGUCUGAGGAAUGGUUUUGUACCUUGGAAAGCCCUAGUUAAGCUGUUAUGGAUUUUGUUUUAACAGAAUUAUAGUGAUAGCACUUUAACAUGUGGCACAGAUUUAAGUAGAGUCACCUCGUAUUUUCAGGGUACUAAUGAUGAUAUAACCUUUGACAGGCAUACUAUAAAUUCACCACAGCCUCCAUGAGUUCCACUCUGAUCUUCCUCUUCCUGGAGGAAGUAAGGCUGGAAGAAAAUCUCAUAAGAUCAUCUAGUCCAGCCCUUGCUCCAGAUAAAAAUUUUCAAGAGAAGGUUAUAGACACUUGGUUGGGAUGAGUUAGUCAAGGACCACUCUUAGUGUAAAGGUUCUGGAGUUUCUCUAGGUAGCUUGUUCCAAUGGUUGCCUCCUGUCAUAGAGAGUUCCUCCCAAUCUUCAAUCUAAAUUUCCUCUGCUGCAACUUGAAGCUAUUGUUCGUAGUCCUGUCAGCUGUGGCCACAGAAAAGCCCAUUUCCAUCUUCUCUAAUUGCCCUUCAAGUAUUUGAAGAUUUAUCAAGAUUCCCUUAGUUUUCCCUCAUUCUUUCAGCCUCUCCUCAUCUGUGUUACUUUCCAGGAACCUAAUUAUUUUUGCUCCUCUGUCCUGGACUCCUUCCAAUUGGUCCAUUUUUUUUUUUUUUUUAAAUGCGUGGCACCCAACACUGGACACAGUACUCCCAAGUGGUACUCCCAAGUGAGGCCUCAGCAGUGCUGAAUAUAGUGAAAAAGUCACUUUCCCUGAUUUGCAAGCAACACUCCUGUCUUAGUACAGCACAGGAUGCUGUUGGCUUUACUUUGGUACAUGGUUGUCUCGGCUUCUUAUCCAUUAUCGCACCCAGGUCUCUUUCUGCAGUACUGCAGCCUAACCAGUCAUUUCGCAGGUUGUACUUGUGUGUACAAUUAUUCCAUCCCAGGUGCAGGACUUCAGAUUGAUUGGAAAUUUUUUGGAUUGUAUCCCUAAAUCCAGAAGGGCUGUAAUGCCACCCAACUUCUUGCUGUCUGCAAAUUUGCUAAGCAUGCACUUGAUUCUGUCAUCCAGAUGAUUAAUGAAGAUAUUACUAGGGCUGUGUGAAACACCAUCUUUUUCUUUCAACGUCUGUUUAACCGUUUUGAAGGGACUUUAGUUUUGUCAUUUUGUUUCGAAGCACUGUCCUGUUUCAUUUUGUCAAAACUGUUUCGUUGUUUCAUUGUUUUGCCCAUAGGCUAUAAUGGGGAAUCAUGGAAAUGCCUAAAGUUUUGUCAUUUUUUUGCCUGAUUUGAAUGAAAAUUGCAGAGAUGGUAGCCCCUUCUGCAGGCAUGAAGCCUGCCAAGUUUCAAGGAGAUAAGUGCAGAGGUUUCUGGGAAACUGCACCUCAAAUUGUUCAAACCAAGAGUCCUGACGCUUGCUGGCAGCAGCAGCCUCCUGUCAUCUGGCAUGCAGAUCUGGGGGCUUGCACCCUCGGGAGGGCUGUGCCCGAGUCCGGGGGGUGUGAGCCCCCAGAUCUGCAUGCCAGAUGACAGGAGGCUGCCGCUGCUGCCUGGGACUGGUGCCAGCAGCAGUCUUCCCUGGCACUGUGCACAGGCUAUGCCCAGCACUGGCAGCAGGCUGAGCCUCCUUUCAUCUGGCACAAAUCCUGGGGCUCACACCCCUGGGAGGAGUCAGGCAUAGCCCAGCAGCACUCCCGGGGGUGUGAGCCCUUGCAUCUGCACCCCGAUGAGAGGAGGCUCAGGCUGUUUAUCCCACCUGGGACUGGUACCAGUGCUGGGUGCAGCCUGUGCCCAGAGAAGAUUGCUGCUGCAGUUGCAGCCUGAGCCUUCUCAUCCAGCGCAGAUCUGGGGGCUCUCACCCCCAGGAGGCCCGCAGAGCUUUGCUGGAUGACAGGAGGCUGUCCCGAAUUAGCGGCAGCAGCAAUCUUCCCAGGCACUGAGCGUGGGCUGUGCCCAGUGCAGAUCCAGGGGCUCACACCCCCAGAAGGAGUCUGGCACAGUCCAGCAGCCCUGGAGGUGCAAGGCCUGGGAUCUGUGCCCUGGGGCGAGGAAGCUCAGCCUGCUUGUCACACCUGGGAAAGGCACCUGCUCCCUGCUCAGUUGCAGUCCCCCCACCCAGCAGCUUACCAGCAGCAGUAGCCACGGUCUUGCUCCCCUGUAUGGUGGGGUGCAGCGCAGCUUGGCCCCAGCCACCAGGUAUCUGCCACAGCGCACUGCUGCUGCCUGGCUCAGUGUAGAGCCAUGUGCUUUCAGGCAGCUCUGGGCUGUCAGCUGGGGCUGUGUGCCGCUCACGGGGACAGCUGGCCAUACAGGCCUGGGUCCUGUGUCCACAGAAGCAGUGCACAGGCCUCAUGCAUGCAGGACCUGGGCCAGCAUGGCCGGUGGUCCCCGCAGAUGGCACGCAGCCCCAAGUGACAGCCCAGAGCUGCCUGAAAGCACAGGAGCCUGUGCCAAGCCGGGCAGCAGCAGUGCAUUGUGGCAGAUACCUGGCACCUGGGGCAAGCCACGCUGUCCCCCGGCUGUGCAGGGAGCCAGGAGCGCGGCUGCUGAUGCUGGUAAGCUGUGGAGGGGCUGCAGCCGGGCAGGGAGGCGAGCAAGGGGGUCCCAGUCCAAAGAUGGGACAAGCAGGCUGAGCUUCCUCUCACCAGGGCACAGACCCAGGGGCUUGCACCCCUGGGGUGGCUGCCCGGCUUUGCCAGACUCCUCCCGGGGGCGCAAACCCCCUGAUCUGCUCCAGGUGGCAAGAGGCUCAGGCUGCUGCCUGGGACUGGGUGCAGCUCGCACCCAGUACUGGGGAAGAUUGCUGCUGCCGCCUGGCAACCUCUUGUCUACCGGCAUGGAGAUUCAGGGGCUUGCACCCCCAGGAGGGCUGCGGGGCUGUGCCGAACUCCUCCCUGGAUGACAGGAGGCUGCUGCUGACUGACGGCAGCAGCAAUGUUCCCUGGCACUGGGCAUGGGCUGUGCCCAGCACCAGUCCCAGGCAACAGCCUGAGCCUCCUGUCAUCUGGCGCAGAUCUGGGGCUUAUGCUUCCCGAAGGAAUCUGGCACAGCCCAGCAGCCCUCCUGGGGGUAUGAGCACCUGGAUCUGUGCCCCAGUGAGAGGAAGCUCAGUUUGCUUGUCCCACCCGGUCCUAGUGCCCCCCGCAUGUCUCUCUCCUUGGCUACAAUCUCCUAUGCAGCCCCCACCGAGCUCCAGCAUCUCCCAUGCGCCGCCGCCCCCCCCCUCCCGGUAUCUGCUGGCAGAGGCAGCAGAUACCUGGCAGAUGGGGCCAAGUCAUGCUGCAAACCCCGCCCCCAUCUGUGUGCUGGAUGACAGGAAGCUGCUGCUGUCAGCUGGGACCAGUGCUGAAGCCUAGUAAGCCUGGCUUCGAAACUAAAUGUUUUGAAACGUUUUGUAUGCCUGCCCUCGUUUGGUUUAGGUUUGAAGCUGUUUCGAAGCAUUUUGUUUUGUUUCGAUUUUGCUGUUUCAAGCUCAAAAUGCGUCAAAAUGCCUGGCAAGAUUUUGCGCAGCCCUAAUUAAUACUAGGCCCAUGACAGACCAUCUGGAGAACCCUACUCCCAGCUAAAUAUUGAGCCAUGGAGUAUGAUGAUUCAACCAGUUAAUUAUCCACUUUUUAUCUAGUCCAGUGGUUUUCAAAAUUUUUGGACUUGAGGCGCCUCAACCUAACUUGUGAAUUGAGUGGCACUCAAUUGCAAAAACUACAUAUUAGUGUUUACCUUUCAGAAGGCCCAGGCGUUGGGGGAGUAGGACUUUCCAGGCAGGGUCAAGCCUGAGCCUGCACUUCCUUCCUCACACCUCUGAUCUCUUCUUACCUCAGGGCAUUCUUCAGAGGAUCUUCUGGCACCCCAGGGUGCCAGGACACCCUGGUUGAUAAUCACUGCUCUAGUCUGUAUUUCUAUUUGUCCACUCUUUCUGCUCCCACCCAGUGCUCUGUGCUCCCUGCCUGAUCUCCCUGCCCUGUCUGCCACUGUGUUACCUGUCCCCUCCUUGGUCCGCAUACCACCAGUUGGCCAUAAAUAAUCUCUUAGCCCCAGGUAAGAGAGAAGGGUUGAGAGGACUUUUGAGAACAAGAUUGUGAUGGGAACAAGGGGUGAUUAAAGAGCAACAAUACCAAAAUGAAGGCAUCCUAAGAAGACACUGUCAUUUUGGGAAGAGAGAUGACAGAAGGAAAGAGAGGUUAGCAAAGCAGAGAAAGAGAAGAUUGAAAGACUGAUUGGGGACCCUAUCACUUCUGACACAUCCAUGUUAUCAAAUCUUAGUAUAUUUUAUAAUCUACUAUGAUGCAUUUCAGUACAGAGACACUUCAAGAUUGUGAGAUUUGGCCCAGUUAAGUACCAAGUAUUCUCAUAAUCUGGUCUGCAGUAAUUGUUUGGUAGGUAGUUGUGUGGUUUUUAUUAGGAUGGAACACAUGAGUUACCUUGUAUUAAAAGCAUCCAAUAGAGUCACCUAUGUGCAGCAUAAUUGUGUGUGAUGUAAAUAAUGGAUUGGAUAAUGGUUACUUUAGGGCCUCUUUGCUCGUAAAAGAUGAGGAAAGGAAAGAUGAAUAUAUUCAUAUUCCAUGAUCCAAAGAUCUUAAUUGACAUGGAAGACCGAACGAUUAAAGAAUUAGUGAUGAUAUUUGAAAGCUUUUAACUUCGCAUUGCUGGUUUAGUGAUGUAAAGUUAUUGCCACCAAAAUCCCAUCAGUUUCCUGAAAUAUAUAGGAGUUUUUCACCACCUCUUAGUGGACAGAUGAUCACAUCACUGUUCAUGCUCAUUGUAUCUUUCCUGGUAGCUGGCAGAGCUGUCAUGGCACAGUUUAUAAUGUAUCCUUUUACUUUUCUGUAUCCAGGAUACAGCAUAUUACUUUGCUCCAUUCAAAUAUACCAAAAUGUGCUCUAUAAGACUCCUGCCGCACAGCUGGAGACAUCAAGUAAAAUCUUAGGAUGAAGGUUUUGGGGAAGAUGGUUUCCAAUAGGAAUAGCCAUGUUGCUUCUAGAAAGUAAAAAGUGAGAGCAUGAAAUAAGACACCAUUAAAAGAGAAAGUAAAUAUUUUAAAUGACCUUAAGAUAAUUUCUAAAAUAAUACCAAAAUAUAGAGGACUAAAUAACUUGAAAAAUUAUGUUAUGCUAAUUGCUAAGAGUCCUUCUUAAAAGUUACUGCAAUGUAAUUUUUGUUCAGCUACAAUUUAAACUAACAGGGAAAGAGAAGAAAGUGGAGACUGCAACAGCCCGUUUAAUAAGCCAUGCCUUUUUCUAGAACAGCAGUGAUCCAGAGCCUGUGUUCGCUUGUCUUGGAUUUUUGGAUAAAGCUUAUGGUGUUGGCUUUGGUGGGGGGGGGGUGUUGGUUGUAGCCGUGUUGGUCUGAUGUUGGCUUUGAAAUUACAGAGUCCUAAAAUACCCUGUGACCUGCCAAGUGACUACUUCUCUUUCCGUAUGGCUAAUUACCUCUCUCUCAAGUGAGAGUGCUUCCACUGGAGGGUAGCAGAGAGCUGCUGGUAGGAAAUUCUAUAUGAAAGGCCACCAACAUCUAAAUUCACACUGGCACAAAAAACUUUCCAGUACCAUCUUUGAGUUUCACUGAAAAGUAUAUCUCAGGCAUUUGGGGAGAGGAGUAUAUAUGCAAGAAAUGCUGUUUGGUUGAUGUCUAUGGUUUCUAAUCUGAUGCUUUUUAUUUCUUUUUUUAUAUAUCUGCUUUUAAAUAUGUCAAAGAUAACUAAAAGCCAUCCACUCGGUGCCUAAACAAUAGUUAAAGGUAGUUGAUGGUAAUGUCUGUGUCAAUGUCAAUUUCCUGUUCUGUAAGAGACCCUACCCAAAAUGGGAACUGCCUAAUCACAAUUUUGUCAAAUGUACAAAAUAAUUUUUUUCUUUAAAAAAAGAGGGACAGUAUUUUUCUGUAUUUUAUCCGAAAUGACCUAUUGAGAUGCAAUUAGCACUCUUCCUUAAAUUCCUUUACAGUAACGUUGUUGAUAUGUGAUUUAAAAAUCAAAAUGGAUGCAUCUAAAGUUGACUUAUCUUAAGUUUAUAAACUUCUCAAAGUUUUGCAGUGAAAAUACAAUAUAUUCUUGACAUGAAUGUAUCAUAAAUAAGCUGUUUUUUUUUAUACUUUAUGCAGCUUUAUAGAAUGAAGGUAUUCAAUCAAAUCCUGGCUUGGUUAAAGACAAUUAAUUGUUUUCAUUAGGCUCAGAGUUAACCCAAUAUUUAAACCAAUGAAUUACUAAUCAGUAAGUACAGAAUGCUAGUAAAUAUAGCAAUUUGUAGCGUGUAUUGGCGAGGUUCAAUCCUGGUGUAAAUGAGUCUAUCAGUGUCUUCAAAGACAUAAGGACAGAAGGCUAGGAGGAAAGGAGAUCACAGAAAUAUGGUAAAUCGUGUUUUAGAUUAGCAACAUAUGUCUUUAAAAAAGUACUGGUAUAUCUUUUAAGAUUCAGUUAGAGAGUGAAGUUUUAGGGUUAGGCUAACCCUAAAACUAGAUAGUAUCUUUCCUUUGUUCAUAUUCAUCUUCAUCAAAGGCUAAUAUAAAUAUAAUAUUCUCAAGCUGAUUAACCCACUUCCCCCAAAUUACAGGUAUCUGAACUAUCAAAUUCCAGGCUCCUUUUUGUUAUGUAUGAGAACUCUUAAGACUUUUUUUCCUAAAAAACAAAUGACAAACUUUUGCGGAAGUUCUUGCGUGACAAAAUCAUGAGGAUUUAAAAAAAAGUGUUGUUUAGUGAUUCACUUUGAAUUAAUACAUUAUACAUUAUUUAUAUAUGACCACAUGAUUUUAAGUCUGUACUCUAAAACGUCUCACUAUAAUAAACUACAGAAAGGACAGCAGUUUUAAUUAGAACAAGCUUCAAAAUAUGCAGUGAUCACUGUUUGGGGCGGGAGAAGGGAAUCUCUCAACACGUCAUGACAAGGCAGAAUUUCUUUGUAUGUCACUAUCAACAAAUGUUAUAAAGGCUUCAUUCAGUCCAAGCAGUAGUAAGACUUGCAGGUCUAGUGUAAGUAAUACAGACUGCUGAGGAGUUAACAAUGCACUACUAACAAGAGAGAAGGAGCCAAAAACGUUUUUAUACCUGACACUUGGAAAGCUCCAGAAAUUGUAUCCAGCUACAAAGUUUGAUAUUUUUUCUUCUUUUUUCCCAAAACAUUAUUUUCAAUGCAUCUAACUGAAAUCUGAAUUCAUAAAAGGCUUAAACUCGCUGCAGACACGCACAGGUCUAAGAUGCCAUCAUAAUUAAGACCAUCAAUUUGGAUAAAUUUCAUCCUAAGAAGCUAUAUUGAAAUGAACAUUGUGGGAAAACUCAAUUUAAUGAUACCUUGGAGCAUAUUCUUGGUUCAUUCACUGCUGUUCUCUCUGCAAGGAUCUUAUUGCAAGUUCUCUCUUUUGAAAAGAACACUGAGAAAUGAGUUUAAUGCAACACGACAGAAAAGAGAUCUCUUAGCAGCAGAGACUGAAACUGUUUCCCCUCAAUCUAGACUUCAUGGGCCAUUUAUUCAGAGUCCAAGUCCAUCAGGAGGUACUUGUCCUCAAGAGUGCCUUAAUGGAGCAACCUGUACAGAGGCAGGUGCAUGCGACUGUCAGACAUUUCAGGCUCAAGGGAAAAGGUGCCAAAUUGUACCUAAUGCUGGUAAGGAGCGAAAUGGAAUUUGCAAAUCCUGGGGACAGUAUAACUUUGAAACAUUUGAUGGCAUCUAUUAUUACUUCCCAGGAAAUUGUUCCUAUAUUUUUGCAAAAGACUGCAGUGCACCAGAACCUCAGUACACUGUAUGGGUUCAUAAUAGCCCUCAGUGUGAUGGCUCCGUAUAUUCUUGUCUGAGGUCAAUCAGCUUAUUUUUUUCCAACCAAGAAGAAAUAGUCAUUUUGGGACAUGAAGUAAGAAAAGAAGGAAUUAGAUUAACUUUGCCUCAGACAAUUGGAAAUGUCUUCUUCGAGAGAUUGGCCGACUACAUUCUGGUGAAAACUACCUUUGGUUUUUCUCUGGCUUGGGAUGGAAGCUCUGGUAUUUAUAUGAAACUAACAGAAGAACAUAAAGGGAAACCAUGUGGUCUGUGUGGGAAUUUUAAUGGCAAUAAAUCUGAUGACCUUGUAAUACAAAACAUAGGUCACUAUACGGAAGACAUUGCUGUAUUUGCAAAUAGCUGGUCUGUGCAAACCCUGGAGGAUGCAACUUGUGUACCUACUGCCUCAGAUUUUUCUAGUCCAUGCUCAACUGACACAGAGUUUUCUGAGGCCAUAUUCUUCAAGUGCCAAGUACUCCUACAAUUUCCUUUUCUCAGCUGUCAUGAAAGCAUAGAUCCUUAUUCUUAUAUUUCUAGCUGUAUGAAUGACCUUUGCAGAACGGAUGAUGAUGAAACUUAUUGCCGAGCAGUGACAGAGUAUGCUAGAGCAUGCUCACAUGCAGGAUACCCUGUACGAGACUGGAGGGAUGAUUUUCCUGCCUGUACUGAAAAGUGUGAAGACAGUUUUGUGCAUCGGGAUUGCAUUAGUUGUUGCCCGCCAACCUGUACGUUCGAAAAGGAUUGUCUUGGUAGCAACCUCCAUUGCUUAGAUGGCUGUUAUUGUCCAGAUGGGCUCAUUAUGGAAAAUGAAACUUGUAUCUCUGUAUCAAAUUGUCCUUGUAUUUAUCACGGGGUGGCCUUCCCUGUAGGCUCAAAAAUCCAACAAGAAUGCAGUAACUGUAUUUGUAUUGGUGGUAUUUGGAACUGCACUGAACAUGACUGCCCAGCUGAGUGCUCCGUUGUAGGUAACUCCCAUUUCACAACAUUUGAUGGUCGUUAUUUUACUUUUCUUGGGAUUUGCCAGUAUGUUCUGGUAAAAGGCACUGGGAAAGACAAAUUCACAGUCAUUUUACGGAAUGCUCCAUGUGGACAGAAACUUGACCACGCGUGCAUCCAGUCUAUCAUGUUAAUUCUUGAAGAUGAUAUGAAUAAACAAGUUACUAUUACCAGGAACGGUGAUGUCCAAAUUGGCCCUAACCAGGGUCUUAACAUUAAUGGGGAUAUUGAAAUUCGAAACUUGUCAUCUUUAUUUGUGCAGCUGAAAACUAGAUUUGGCUUAAAGAUUUUGUUUGCUAAGGAUGGAGAGAGAUUAUACAUUCAAGUUGAUAUCAGUUGGAAGAGAAGAACAUUAGGACUUUGUGGAACUUUUAAUGGAAACUUAAGAGAUGAUUUUCUUUCUCCAGCAGGGAUGGUUGAAGGAACCCCACAACUUCAUGCCAGUGCCUGGAAAGUUUCCUCAUCCUGUUUUGUGCCUGUCAACAUCCCUGUGGUUGAUCCUUGUAAUAUUAAUCAACAAAAUGUUGGGUAUGCAUCCCUUUGUGAUAUCGUCAAUCAAGAACUUUUUGCUCCAUGUCAUGCCUAUGUAAACCCAGGAUUAUACUACCAACUGUGCCGUUUUGAUGCAUGUAAAUGUGGAAGCAGCUGUUUGUGUAACGCACUUGCACAUUACGCCUAUAUCUGUGGCAAACAUGGAAUUACUGUUGAUUUCCGAACUCAUAUUUCAUUCUGUGCUGUAGUAUGUCACAGUGGCAUGGUGUAUCACCAUUGUUCCUCUACCUGUGAACACUCCUGUGCUUCCCUUUCUGCCCUGAAUGUCUGUGGACCUGAAUGUGCUGAAGGAUGUAAUUGUCCUGAUGGGAAGUACUUUGAAGAGUCAGUCAAGUUCUGUGUGCCACUAUCUAGCUGCCGUUGUUAUUACAAAGGCAGAACCUUCCAGUCUGGAGAAAUCCUGCCUGUACCGUCAGGUUCCUGCCAGUGUUUGAAUGGAACAAUGAAAUGCGCUGAAACUGCUACAUCAUCUGCAGUUCGUGUGUGCCCUGAAGGAAAAACCUACUAUGACUGCAGAUAUCAAGUGCCUGGUUUACCUGCAGCUGGCGUGAACUGUGAGACCUCCUGUGCAAAUCUUGCUAUGAACUUCAGCUGUGUUCCUCCCCCACCAUGUGCAAGUGGUUGCAUUUGUCCCCCAGGCAUGGCAGAACAUAAAGGGAAAUGUUAUGUUCCUGAUAGUUGUCCAUGUACCUGGAAAGACAGGGAAUAUCUGUCAGGAGAAGUGAUAGCUACACCUUGCUAUACAUGUAUUUGUCGUCGAGGGAUAUUCAGUUGUACUAGUUACCCUUGUCCUGCUGUGUGUACAGUUUAUGGAGAUCGACAUUAUUAUACUUUUGAUGGAUUGGAAUAUGAUUAUGUUAGUGACUGCCAAGCUUAUUUGGUAAAGAGUACAGACAACUCAAACAUAUCUAUAAUUGCCGAGAACAGGAAGUGCUUUGACAAUGACAUUGUUUGCUCAAAAAGCAUUUUCAUCUCUGUUGGAGACAUGGAGAUUUAUUUUAGUGAAACUUCUGACAAGCAGAAGAAAUCAAAGGGACAGGAAAACAGAUCUACAUAUCAGCUCUGGAAGGCUGGAUAUUAUACAGUGAUACACUUUCCUGAGCAGGAAAUCACAAUCCUAUGGGAUAAGAAAACAACUAUACAUGUCAAAGUUGGACCUCGAUGGAAGGGUAAAUUGGCGGGUUUGUGUGGAAAUUUUGACAAGUACACUUCAAACGAUCUGACAACAUCUAACAACAUGGAAGUGAGAAAUGCUCAGGUUUUUGGAGAGAGCUGGACAAUAGGACAGUGCAAAACCCCAAAUGAAACUAUUAAACCAUGUGAGGUGCAUCAGAGCAAGUUCCCUUAUGCCAAAAAGGAAUGCUCGGUUUUGUACAGUGAUGUGUUUGCGCCUUGUCGUAAUGUGAUUGAUGUGACUUCAUUUGUCAAAAACUGUCAUACAGACACGUGUAACUGUAAUCUUGGUGGGGACUGUGAGUGUUUAUGCACAAGUAUUGCAGCUUACUCUCACAAAUGCUGUGAGCAGGGUGUAGUAAUUCAUUGGAGAUCUCCUUCUCUCUGUCCUUAUGAUUGUGAAUAUUACAACCAAGGGGUUGGAGAGGGACCAUAUAUUUUGGUAAGCUAUGGACAGAAUGAUACUAUUAUAGGAGCCAACCUUACUAGCAGAAAGAUAUUUCCUCUACCUAAAAUCAGUACCUAUGGAAAAGUGUUCAUUAAUUUUAUGAUAACACCAGGCCUUUUCAAAGACAAAGACUUAUCUCCAUCUCUCAUUUCCCUCGAGUCUGCUGAAAGGCCAAACUAUUUCCUGUGUGUCCAUGACAAUGAAACUAUUUAUUUAGAACAGUGGCAGGCAAGUUCAUCAUUUCGGAGAAGAGCCACAUUCUUUCACCACCAGGGCCUCUGGAUUCCAGGAUACAGUGCGUUUGAACUGCACAGCAAAAAAGGCUUUUUCAUAAUACUCACAGCAUCUGGUGUUAAAGUGUCAAAAUAUAAUGACUCCGAAGAAUUCAAACGUUCAAGUAGCUUUAGCAUUGAAGAGCUCCAUGCAUCAGUGCCUUAUAGGAGAAUGUGUGAAUGGAGAUAUGAACCUUGUGCUAGUCCAUGUGUUAGUACAUGUAGUGACCCUGAAGGAGUAACAUGUAAAUUUCUUCCACCGGUUGAAGGAUGCUUACCAUAUUGUCCUAAGAAUAUGAUACUUGAUGAGGUGACACUUAAAUGUGUUUAUCCUGAGGACUGCAUACCUGUGAUGCCUACUGAGUCAGCAGCUGGAACAAAAGCACAGAGAACAAAGCCUUUAUCUUCAACAGGUAUUCCAGCAAUUCUUGAAACUUCCGCAGUCACAUUAAAAGCAACAUCCCAUAGUGAAAGUCCUACAGCUUUCAUAACCUCACCCAUUACAACUAUAUCAGCUCCAACAAAACCGGCUUUUACUAUGGUAACUGCAAUUCCUGUCCCUAGAGAGUCUACGGUACUAAUGCCCACUUCCUUAGGGGUAACACCAUUUUCACUUGAAAUGCAAGCUACACUGCUAGGAACUGUGUCCUCUCCUACAACAUUAGCAACUUUACCUUCUGGACCAGCCUUUUUCACUACUGAAGUACCCACAAGGAUAUGGAGAACUAGAAGUCCUUCUGCAAGCCAUUCUCAGAUGUCAGCAUUAUCACCCACGGUAUCUCCAUCCACUUCCUUAACUGAAAAAGCAUCUUUUCUAAUUCCCACAUUUUUUACAAGCCCACAAUUAACAUUAACCACAUCUACUUCACCAGUAUCUACUAUGUCUGUAAGAACUGAUGCUAGCAUUGGUCAACUUAUAGUUCCAACCUCCAUUUCCGCACAGACUUCAACUUCUCAAGCUCCCAUGGCUACUUCUAGAUUUACUAGUUUUGAAGCUAGUCUUUCUCAGAUAUUCACAACUCCGUACUUAGUAGUAACUCAAGCCACCUCCCCAACUUCUUCAACUUCAUUAAGAACUAGUUUUUUAACUAAAGUGUCUCCAGUGCCUACAUCUUUAUCUUCAGUGAGCAUUUCAAUAACUGCUCCUAAACAUAUUGCUCCAUUAAGUACAAGCAGUAUUUCUGAUGAUCUCUCUGUAAUGAGUUCAACCUCAUCUUCAGUUGCUUCUCAAAUGCCUACAGCCACAAGAACUCUGAGUCCUCUUGUAACACACAUGUCUACGUUAGUGUCUCCUUCAGUUACACCCCCCAAACCCAAAGCAACGGGAGAAGUCACGGUUGUCUCAGAGAGUCUUUAUAAAGGACCUACUACUAUUUCAGUCACUCCACAAAUCUCUGAAGUAUCUAUAACGAGUACAGGUUCGACAGAAAGUAAAUAUCCACUACAUAAAGACUCGUUUCCAGUGUCAACUAUUUCUAAAAGACCAACAGAGUCCAUUAGUUCUACAGUCUUCCCAUUAGCUACAUCACUAUUACCUAUCAAUGUCACUUCAGUUACUCAUCACAUGGCAAAAACCACAUCAAGAAUAAUGGAGCAUUCAAGUCUAUAUACAGAAUUAAAAACGGCACCUCUGGUACAAAGUACAAAUACUUCUCUAACUCCCAGAGAACCUUCAGGAGCUGCUCUUUCUUUUACUAGUCCAUCCAUGUUACUUACAACGUUGUUAUCCACGUCAAGACCACCUAGUUCAGAAAUCUCUGCUAUCACAUCCUUUACUACCAGUUCUUCAGUGUCUCCCACAGUAAAUAGAACAUCUGCUUUAAUAUCCCAUGUAACUGUUACCCAAACACCAGUUUUAUCCUUGCAAACACAAGAAAUCCCAAGAAGUCCAGGUACAGAACUCUCAACCUCCCCUUUAGUUAAACCUUUGUUAAGAAAUGUUUCCUCAAGCCCUUCAGCAGCACCUAAAACUGCCAUUGCAGAACCACAUUUAUUAACUCCUACAACUCCUGAAGUCACCUUGGAAAGCCAUUCUAGUAGAUUCACUAUUACGUCUUCAGCUCCUUUUGAGACUUUCCAUAUAUCUGCUAUAUCUUUAGGAACAAAAAGCUCAACAAUGAGUCCUUCAGUGGAACACAAAACAAUAUCUUUUGUACCAGCUGGAAUCGUCACUCAGUCCAUGAUCCCAUCAACAGAGCUGACCACAAGUACAACUGUAAAUACUACGGUUAAAUAUGCAACCUCCACUGAGAGGGUUGCAGAUGACAUAGAAAGUAGCCAGAUGCCCCAUGUGCAAAAAAAUGUAACUAAAACAAUAUCCAGAACUACUGAGAAACCUUCACUCCUGUACUUGAGUUCUUCAGUUAAGACUAUUACUUAUUCAAGAAAAAGCAGCACAAUUUCAGGAGAUUCUAUUUCUCCUUCUGAACUCCCAGAAGUCUCACAGUCAGAUUGGUCCACAAUUCUACCCCAAAGAACAAUUAAACCUUACUCAAAUUUAACAGGACCAGAACAAACAGGCCCCAGCGAGUCACAAAACUUCACCAUACCAGGUUCAUCUCACUCCAGUUAUGCAAUGGCCGUGUCUUCUACUGCAGAGCCUGGGAAAACACAGACUUCUGUGACAGACACAAAAAUGAUGACAGUUACAGCUGACUAUCCUUCAUUUGGCACAAUGGUGCAUACACUGAUGCCGUCAUCAUCGUCAUCUUCUGAAUGCAUGCCAAGAUAUAUCGAACCCAUAGACAGAUGUAGCCAGUAUGUGUGUGUUAAUAUGGGAUGGAUGUUAUAUAACCUUUCGAGGAACUGCCCUAAGAAUGUGGAAAAGCCUGAUUGUGGUUUUCGAGGAAUGCCAGUUCAAGUUAACAGUGAUAGUUGUUGCCCAGAAUGGGAAUGUCCCUGUCAAUGUUCUGUACUAUCUGAAUUGAGCAUUAUUACGUUUGAUGGAAAUAACAUAGCCCUCUAUAAUGCGGCUUCCUACAUUUUAGUCAAGCUCCCAGGAGAAAUUAUUGUUGCUCAUGUUGAAAAAUGUCCCACUAAUCAGAGUGCAAAUUCAAUAAGAAAACUAGUUCCACCUGGAGGCACUUCAGGGCUUUGUUUUAAGAAAUUAAAUGUAACAACACUUACAUAUAAAGUACUUAUCGACCGUUUAGCUAGAAAGGUAGUGGUGGACUCUGUAAUUCAGCCUUUACCUUUCUCCAAACAUGGGUUCUGCAUUCAGGACACUGGUGCAAUGUACGUCAUUAAUACCCCGGCUGGCAUUAGCAUUAAGUGGGCUCACAUUACAGGCAUUAUAGACAUACAGUAUGGAUUACAUUCUAACACUUCUACCAAGACAGAAGGACUUUGUGGCAUGUGCAAUGGAGAUCCUUUUGAUGACCUCAAGAUGCAAAAUAGAACUAUAAUUACACACAUUGAGGAAAUUGAAGCAUUUAUUAGGAGCUGGGAAAUUGAGAAAUCAGUUGAUGUAAUGAUCAGGAGGCCAGUAAGAAACUGUACUGAAGAUAACUGCACUUACUGUAUGGAACUGCUUAACAGAAAGGUUUUUAUUCCAUGUCACAAAAAAGUUUCACCACAGGACUUCUGUGGAAAGAUGUGGAUUAACAAUACUUACUUUUGGAACUAUGAAUGUGAUGCACUUUCUGCUUAUGUGGCUUUGUGCAACAAACAUAAUAUCUGUAUUAAGUGGAGGACACCAGAUUACUGUUCCUUGAAUUGUCCCGAUGGCAAGGAAUACCAGCCUUGUGUGCAACCCUGUGAAGCCAAAACAUGCUUGAAUAAAUGGUUCCAUGAAGAAUCUCCUUGCUCCUAUUUAAGAGAAGAUUGUGUCUGUAAAAAUGGGACCAUUCUUCAUAGAACAGACUCGGAUCUCUGUAUACCAGAAGAAAAAUGUACAUGUACAGAUAAUGAAGGACAGCCCCGUUCUGCUGGAGAGUUUUGGAAGGGAUCCAUUAAAACAUGUUGUAUGUACAGCUGCUUGGAGAAUGGAAGUGUUAUUGCUGUAGAACCUGAAUGCAGUGAAGACUCACCACCUAUUUGUGAGCGAGAGGGUGAAGUUACCAUUAAUGUCAUUCAAGAGGGGGCUUGCUGUCCAAAGCAAGUUUGUGAAUGCAACAUGACUUUAUGUGAGGCUCUUAUUCCAAUCUGCAAAACUAGUGAAAAAUUAGUAAUAGGCUAUAACCCCCUUUCUUGCUGUCCGCAAUACCGAUGUGAAUGUGAUCCUUCAGCAUGUCCUAAUGCUUCCCAUCCAGACUGCAGAGAAGACCAAUUUGUUGUUGAAGCAAAACAGGAAGACCCUUGUUGUUUCCUGUAUCUCUGUGUUUGUGAAUCUUGUGUUGAGCCAGUUCCAUUAUGUAAUGAGGGAGAAAUUCUCACAGUAGAUCAAAGCACCACUCAUUAUUGUUGUCCUCACUAUCAUUGUGUUUGUGAUGAGAACCUUUGUUCAAUGCCUCUUCUGAAUUGCACAGAUGACAUGAAACUUGUGAAAGAAAAUAUACCUGGGCAGUGUUGUCCUGAGUGGCACUGUGAAUGUAGCUGCGAAAACAUUACCAAACCAACUUGUAAAUUGGGAGAACUUCCAAACAUAGAUAGUAAUAUUUAUACGACUUGUGGAUGCAUGCACUACACCUGUGAAAAAGAGGAUGUAUGUGUGUUUCAAGAAGUAACUUUGUUAAAUCCUGGGCAAUUUAUGAUUCAGUAUUUGGAUGGAGAUCUUUGUUACACAGUACAGUGUUUACAAGAAAAAGAUCAUAACACAGGAUAUCAUGCUAUGGAUUUUACCGUGGUGAACUGUUCUCAGCAAUGUGAGACUCAUCAAAUAUACAUCCCUUCUUCCAGUCAUCAUACUUGUUGUGGCACUUGCAGAAAUGUGUCAUGUCCUUUUUAUUCUGCGAAUGGAACACUAGCUAUAUAUGAAGAGGGGAGCACCUGGAACUCCAACUGUACUAAAUACGAGUGUGCAAAGACUGAUACAGGUGCAGUGAUACUGGGAUCUAGUGUUGCCUGUCCCCCCUUUAAUGAGACUGAAUGUACAAAGAAUGGAGGCACUGUACAGAUUUACAAUGAUGGCUGCUGCAAGACCUGCAAAAAAGAGGAAAGAAUUUGCCAGAAAGUGACAGUGAGAACAACUAUAAGAAAGAAUGACUGUAUAAGUCAAACUCCGAUAAAUGUGGCUUCUUGUGAUGGGAAAUGUCCCUCUGCAACAAUUUUUAAUGUCAAUAUUGAUAGCCAUUUAAGAUUCUGUAAAUGUUGUCGUGAAAAUGGAGUACGGAAUCUGACUGUGCCACUCUACUGCUCAGGAAAUGGCACUGAAAUUAUAUACGUCAUACAAGAGCCUACAGACUGUUCAUGCCACUGGAACUGAUCAUUUCCAUGUAUGUGUAUUUUCAUAUUGAAUUGAAGUUGGUUUCCUGUCACUGCAAAAAAUGUUCUAUCCAAGUGUUUCAGCCAACAUGAUUUCUUAGCAAAUUUAGUAGAAAUUGUAUAGAUAUAAUGGCAAGAACAUUUUCAUAUAUUGGCACAUAGACACAUUUCUUCUUCAUCUCAAGGUACUAAGGUGUCAGUUAUUUACUUCAGUAACUUUAAAAAGGAAAAUUAUUAGAUUGCUUUAAAAAGAGAGAAAAAAAAGAUUGGUUGUGUUGGAUCAUCUUUACCUUGCUCAGAAGUUAAUUUUUGUAAAAAAAAAAUCCUUUUAUCUUGGUGGUAGUUCUCCUAGGAAUUACAUAAUGACUAGAACCUGCUUGAAUUGAAGUCCACUGUGGCCUUAUACCCAUGUUCAAAUAAUCUGGGACAAUUCUUCCAGGCUUGUUCUCCUGGUAGACAAACUUACCCAGAGUUGCCUGAACCAACAUUUGAAUACUGAACCCUGGAAGAGCAGAGAGAUUACAGCGCUCAUGCUAUGUAGCCAGGGGGACCCUGUGCACAUAUCUUGGUGUGCUCCACAGGCUCCCUCAGUCUGCCUGGAGACAGAAUGGCAACAGUGCACAGAGCAGCUCAGAUUGGAGAGCCCAGAUUGCCUGCAUCUCCCUACAGCACAAUGUGGGAGUUGUGAAGUGGGUGUGUUCUGUUUCCUGCUCAUUUAGAGCAGCAGAGUCCAGCAAGCAACAUAUUGCAUCCAUGGCAGGGGUUGCUGGGAACAAAGCCUCCUGGGAAGCUGGAGGACUGUGCUGUGGCUUCUUUCAGAAAAGAACUUGCAUAGACAUUUGCUCUGCCAGGAGAAAAUCUCCUGGGGGUGAUUUAACCCUGGUUGUUCCCAAUUAUUUUUUUCCUGGAGUGGCCAUUUUUAUUUUGGGAGAAAAAUCCUGAAGAAACUGAAUGUCUGAGACAUAGUCUGAGUAACUUUGUGACUGACAUCUUUUUUUUUUUUGUACGUUUUAAAAAUCUAUGGCAUAAAUACUAAUAUACUAUUAUGCUUUAAAACUAUAGCAUUUUGCUUUUUUAAUACCCCGUAGCUUUGAUUAUUGUAAUUAGUCAGAAGGAACUAAAGGGAUCUAACUUUGUCACAAUUAUUAUAAAUAUCUAAAGAUUUGUUGUGGAGAGCAGGCUUAUACUUCACCUUGAUUUUUUGGUUCUUAUAAUCAAUCAGAGGAGAAAUUGGCUAUUUACUGAGCUAUUGAAGUGUCAAAUGAGAUGCCAUUAAUAUAUUUUCACUUUUGAUAAUAAAUCACACAAUGCACCUUUUAGAUGUUUUACUUGAGUUUUAUCCUUUGUUUAAUGGACAGAAAUCUUUGUAUUCAAUAUUUUUAAAUGAACUAAAUGUCAAGAUUGUUUAAAAAAUAUUAAGGAUGGACGCAUUGCUUUAAUCAGAGUUCUGUCAUAUGGAGUCUGGGAAAGGAUAGUUUGUGGGUGGUUUAGUAAGCAGCUAAAUUAAAUAAAAGCAUACAAUAUGUUACACAUAGUCUUGUAUUCUAAGCAGCAAAUGUAUUUUCCAUUUUCUUAGCCAUGGACUAUUUAUUGCCAUAUUAAGAAUAAAAGAUCUAACAUGCCCAGGAGUAGAUUGCCCUAUGAAUUCAUUGGCUGAAUUCUUAGUCCUGCUGAAAUUGAUGGGAAUUUUGCCAUGAAUAAAAUAAGAGGUUGGAUUGUUAUAUUAUUUUUAUAGUGAGAAAUCAUCAAUAUAAAGAUGAAAAAGAAAUGUAUUUAAGGCUAUUUUGCAUUCCUCACCACUUUGUGCUGAAACCUAAAAUGAUUGAUCAUGGAGAAAAAUAAUGUAUAUACAGACAUAAAAUCAAUUGCUAUUUAUUCAUGAGAUUUUCUUCAUGUCAGUCAUUAAUUAUGUUAAAUGAUUGCUAUAAUAAAAUGGAGGUGGUUAUAAUUUAAAAUAUUGUGAGAUUAGUUAUUAGUAAAAUAUUGAAUCAAUAUUAUAAAGAGAGAAUAUUAAUUCACUGGUUGCUUUUUUAAUACAUUGUGUAGAACUUUGACAAACUGUUAAUUUGUGCGAGAGUUGCUUCAAGUUAGUCUAGGUAGGACUUAUAACCAAAAUAUGUUUUACUAAUGCUGUAGGAAUCCUGGCUGUAAUUAUAACAAUUUCAUUCACUGGCCUGUCCUAAAGGUCUGCAUAAUACCAUAGUGUACUGGAAAAAGAAAUAUUCAAAGAAAAAAUAUUUUUUUAAGGGUUUGGUCUAAAAUAAAAAUACAAGUACAGAAUCUUAUUUACAUUAAGAAAAUAUGGGCCAACACUUGUUAAUGUAUUUGGUAUUUUAAAAAAUAUCGACAAAUUUUAGCAAGUUAAAUAUGGUAUGAAAUACUAAAUAUAAAUCAUGGAAUGUUUGAUGGAUUUUGAUUGAAAUGGAAAUUAUUUUAUUUGUAAGCAAAUUGUUUUGUAACAUUUAGCACUGUAUGUAUAAUUAAAAAGAAGUCAAUAAAUAUUAUUUUGAAGAAUUAUUUA